UUUUUACGCGAUUCGCUUUUGAUAUCGUUGAACUGCGAAGUGAUACGCUUACACGGAUUUACUGCUCAUUUAGUGAAGAUGAUCGAUGCUGUUGCGGCAUUUCAACAUGAAAUGCUAUGGACCAUUAUCAUUGGCUUUUUCAUUGCUUUCAUACUGGCGUUUGCGAUUGGUGCCAAUGAUACAGCCAAUUCUUUCGGUACGAGUGUUGGAAGCAAGGUAUUAACGCUACAUCAAGCAUACCUAUUGGCUUCGUUUUUUGAAACAAUGGGUUCUGCGUUGCUCGGUUACAAAGUGACGGAUACGAUGCGUAAAGGCGUCAUCGAUUUGGCCGUAUAUAAUAACAGCGAGGCUGAGCUGAUGUUCGGCCAGAUUUCCGUACUUUCAGGAUGUGGUGCUUGGUUGCUGAUCGCGACAUUCCUAAAGUUGCCGGUCUCGACCACCCAUAGCAUUGUUGGUGCAACACUGGGCUACUCGUUGAUUGCUCGUGGCACGAACGGCAUUAGGUGGUGGCCUAUCGUACGGAUUUUUCUUUCGUGGUUCAUUUCUCCAAUCUUAUCGGGCAUGGUUUCAAUCGUUUUCUACAUCGUCAUAGAUCAUAGCGUUCUCAGGCGGAACCGUCCGUUGCACUGCGGACUUCUAUUACUACCUGUUCUUUAUUUUAUUUGUGUAGCUGUGAAUGUUUUCGCAAUCCUCUACGACGGCAGUGCGUUUUUGGGUCUUGACAAGUUGCCAUUUUGGAGUAUACUCUGCUUAACGUUUGGAUGUGCGCUCAUCGUCGCAAUUAUCGUUCAAUUUUUUGUUGCGCCGCGCUUAAAACGGCGCAUUCUUGGUAAACUUUCGAACGCAUCAUGUACGCAGUAUAAGAGUACGGUCAACGAAGCGCAAUCCUAUAGUAACACUGGCGUUGAAUUGAAAUCGGCUCUUCCGAGCACAACCACUCUGGAUAGGAACGCCACCAAUUCACAGAGUCAGUUGGUAUUCAAGCUUUCAUUGAUGCCACUGGCACCAGCUCGAGUAAAUGAGUUGCAAUUAAGCCAUCUAUAUUCGAAAGAAAAUUAUAGGACUUGGGAAUCCUAUUCAGGCACGCGCGCUUUACUUCAGUAUGAAAAUGGUCGUCAGAACAGUCCAGAUUGUACUACUGUCGACGUUGGUAAUUCGAAUCAGUACUGUAAUGGAUUUGAAGCGGUCAACAGCAAUAUAUCGUCGCAUUCACAUCUGGUUCUUGGUGCAAACACCAUUCGUCCAACGAACAGCAUAGAAGGAUUUUUUCGAUCAACCAAACCCGAAGACCCGCAAGCUUCGAAACUCUUUAGCUUUCUUCAGGUGAUGACCGCUUGUUUUGGUGGAUUUGCUCACGGUGGCAAUGACGUAAGUAAUGCCAUAGCUCCUGUUGUUUCGCUGUACGCGAUCUACCAAGAGAUGUCAGUGCUACAGACUUCGAGUACGCCCGUAUGGUUGCUUCUGUAUGGUGCUGGUGGAAUGUGCAUGGGUCUUUGGUUGCUUGGUCAUCGAGUCAUUUAUACUGUUGGUGAAAAUCUCACUAAGAUCACUCCACCAAGGUGCUGUUAUGUAAAUAAUCAUUCAAUGAAGUGUUACAUACAAUAUAAAAUGUCAUUGCAAAUUUUACGUCGUUUUUUCAUCCACGUUCUCAAAUUGAAUUGGGCAAAAAUAAGACCACCUUUGGCGUUUUCCUGGCCAGAAAUUAGCGGUUUCGCCAUCGAAUUCGGAGCAGCUGUCACGGUACUAGCGUCAAGCAAACUCGGUCUACCGAUUAGUUCAACACAGUGCAAGGUGGGCAGUGUUGUAGCGGUUGGCAUGGUCCAAAGAGCUCGUGCGGUCAAAUGGUCAACCUUUCGCAAUAUCUCGCUUUCGUGGCUAGUUACUUUGCCUGUAACGGGUGAGUGUUUUAUAUUGUUUGAAAGCAGUAAACUCCAGAAAGUAGUCAGUGCUGCAGCCCAUAAGUAG